GUUCAGAGCAUCGCAGUGGGCGCUGUUGUAGUGUCUCCGUCCUCCAUUUGUGCUGGAUCAUCUGUACACGGCGCAGGCCCGGAGUAGCGCAGCCGCUCUGAGUCUUCAUUUGCUUUGAGCUGUGAUCGACCUGCUUUGCUGUUAUGGAGGAGCACACAGUUCACCAGACGGAGCACAUGACCACCAUCGAGGCCAGCGCGGUCAGCCAGGUCCAGCAGUCAUUAUUUCCUGAGUUUGUCCAGGUGCACGUGGCCACAUACACAGAGGCGUCCAUGCUGAGUGCAGACGAGGACUCCACGUCGUCCCCCGAUGACGACCCGUACGACGACACAGACAUCCUCAACUCGGCGGGGACUGAUGAGGUCACCGCACAUUUGGCUGCCGCAGGACCUGUUGGCAUGGCGGCCGCAGCAGCUGUAGCUACAGGAAAGAAAAGGAAAAGACCACAUAUUUUUGAAUCAAAUCCGUCAAUUCGCAAGAGGCAACAAACUCGGCUAUUAAGGAAACUCCGAGCCACACUAGACGAGUACACUACCAGAGUGGGUCAGCAGGCCAUAGUUCUGUGUAUCUCUCCCUCCAAACCAAACCCAGUGUUCAAGGUUUUUGGGGCUGCUCCUCUCGAGAAUGUGGUGAGAAAAUACAAAGGCAUGAUGCUGGAGGACCUGGAGAACGCCCUGGCCGAGCACGCUCCGUCGGGGGGAGAGCUGGCGUCAGACCUGCCCCCCCUCACCAUCGACGGCAUCCCUGUGUCUGUGGACAAGAUGACUCAGGCCCAGUUACGAGCGUUUAUCCCAGAGAUGCUGAAGUACUCGACGGGCAGAGGGAAGCCGGGCUGGGGGAAGGAGAGCUGUAAGCCGGUGUGGUGGCCCGAGGACAUCCCCUGGGCCAACGUCCGCAGUGACGUGAGAACAGAGGAGCAGAAGCAGAGGGUGUCGUGGACGCAGGCUCUCCGCACAAUCGUUAAAAACUGUUACAAGCAGCACGGGCGCGAGGACCUGCUCUACGCUUUUGAAGAUCAACAAGUGACCACUGCCACAGCAACACACGCUCACCUGACCGCCGCCCAGAGCAUAGCACACCUGGUGCCCUCCCAGACGGUGGUCCAGACCAUCAACAACCCCGACGGGACUGUGUCGCUCAUACAGGUUGGCACAGGUCACACAGUGGCGACUCUGGCAGACGCCUCAGAGCUUCCUGGAGUCACAGUGGCACAAGUCAAUUACUCCACUGUCACCGAUGGAGAGGUGGAGCAGAACUGGGCGACUCUUCAGGGCGGAGAGAUGACCAUCCAAACGACUCAGGCCUCAGAGGCGACGCAGGCCGUGGCGUCUUUGGCCGAAGCCGCUGCUGUGGCAGCCGGACAGGAGAUCCAACCCGGAGCUACGGUUACCAUGGCGCUCAACAGUGAGGCAGCCGCUCACGCUGUGGCCACUUUGGCCGAGGCGACGCUUCAAGGCGGAGGACAGAUCGUCCUCGCAGAGACGGCCGCCGCGGUCGGAGCGCUGGCCGGGGUCCAGGACGCCACAGGUUUGGUGCAGAUCCCCGUGAGCAUGUACCAGACCGUAGUGACCAGUUUGGCGCAGGGUAAUCGGCCGGUGCAGGUUGCCAUGGCACCGGUGGCGACUCGGAUCGACAACACUGUGACUCUGGACGGACAGGCUGUGGAGGUCGUGACCCUGGAGCAGUGAUACAGGCUCCUAAAGUCCAGAACAGAGAGGGGAGGGGGAGAGAACGCUAGAGUGGACUUUCUGUAAACACGUGCUGCCAUUUGCAAUAGGUCUGGUUCACGUUUAGGCCUGUCACGAUAAGACUGAAGUGCUAUAUGAGAAUGAUAUUGAAACUAAUUUUAUACGACCGACACAAUAACCCUAUGUAACCGUCAUAAUGUCACCUGCGUGUUUCUGUGGGUAUGUCAUUGCUCUGUCUGAAAUAUUCCACAGUGUGACAUUAAACAGAUCUACUUAUA